GAGGGGAGGCGGGAGGAAUUAAAGCCAGGGCUUGCUCUGAUUGGCUGCUCUGUGAGGGGGAGCGCCAUGACGCGCUCUGAUUGGCUCGGCUUGAGUGCAGGUGGGCGGGGGUUAAGGCACCGGCGCGGUCUGAUUGGUUACAGAGGCGAGGCUUGAAGGGCGGAAGGGGCGGGGCCAGCGCCAUGCCGAAGCGCGGGAAGAAGAAGGAGGAGAACGGGAGCGGGGACGAGGCCGGCCCCGCCCCCGCCAAGGCUCCCAAGCCCUCCCCGGCCCCGGCCUACGAGGACCCGCCCACCCGCGAGACCACGCCCGAUGGGCGGCGCUGGACGCUCAAGGUGACGUCAUGGAACGUGGACGGGCUGAGGGCGUGGCUGCGCAAGGGCGGGGCCCAGUGGGUGCAGGAGGAGGCCCCGGACGUGCUGUGCCUGCAGGAGACCAAGUGCGCGGUGUCGGCCGUGCCGGCCGAGGUGCGGGCGCUGCCGGGGCUGCCGCACCAGUUCUGGUGCAGCGCCAAGGACCGGCCGGGCUACAGCGGCGUGGGGCUGCUGGCCAGGACCGAGCCGCUGGACGUCACCUACGGCAUCGGCGACCCCGAGCACGACGCCGACGGCCGCGUGCUGACGGCCGAGUUCCCCUCUCUCUUCGUGGUCUCGGCCUACGUGCCCAACUCGGGCCGGGGCCUGGCGCGGCUGGAGCCGCGGCGCCGCUUCGACGCCGCCUUCCUCUCCUUCCUGCGCCGCCUGGACGCCCGCAAGCCGGUGCUGCUCUGCGGCGACCUCAACGUGGCGCACGCCGAGCUCGACCUGUGCCACCCGCGCGCCAACCGCGCCAGCCCCGGCUUCACGCCGGAGGAACGGGAGGGGUUCACGCGGCUGCUGGCCGCCGGGUUCGUGGAUUCCUUCCGGCACCUGUACCCCGAGGCGCGCGGCGCCUUCACCUUCUGGACCUACCUGGGCGCGGCGCGGGCGCGCAACGUGGGCUGGCGGCUGGACUACGCCGUGCUGUCGCGGCGGCUGCUGGGCGCGCUGUGCGACUGCAAGAUCCGCAGCGCCGCGCCGGGCAGCGACCACUGCCCCGUCACCGCGCUGCUGGCCGUGUAGGUACCGGGCUUGGGGCGGAAUCGGGGGGGAAUCGGGGCGAAGUCGGGGCUUCAGGGUGGUGUCGGGUGUUAGUUGGGUGGGUUUGGGUGUGGAGUUGGCUGAAAUUCGCUCGAAGCUGGUUUAAAUUUGAUCAGAGUUGGCUUAAAUUUGAUCAGAAUUGGCUUAAAUUUGAUCAGAAUUGGCUUAAAUUUGUUCAAAACUAUAGACGGAGUUUAACGUGGUUGUCUGGUUUUAAUUGGAUGAGUUUUGACCCAAAAUUGGCUUAAAUUUGCUUAGAAUUGGCUUGAAUUUGAUCAGAAUUGGCUUAAAUUUGCUGAGAUUCGAAGUUGUAGUUUAAUGGUGUUGUCUGCUUUUAAUUGCGUGGGUUUUGGUGUGAAAUUGGCUGAAAUUCGCUCAGAAUUGGUUUAAAUUCGCUCAGAAUUGGCUUAAAUUUGAUCAGAAUUGGCUUGAAUUUGAUCAGAAUUGGCUUAAAUCCGCUCAGAAUUCGCUUAAAU